AUGGCAAGUGCCGACGCGGAAGAGCUCGUGAAGCAGCUACAAGCCCAGUUGAACGCACAGGGACAGCUAGACGCCGAGAGCUUAUCUAGCCUGGUCCGGCAACUGGACAAGGAUCAAAACGACUGGUGUGAGGCUGCGGGACAAUCUGAGCCUCUGACUACUCGGCUGAAGAAUCUCCUAAAGGACUAUCCAGCUGAUGUGGGUCUGUUCAAGGAAAUGGUGCAAAAUGCGGACGAUGCCGGUGCAGGGCGUGUGCAUUUUGUCUGGGACACCCGGAAGUUAGCAAAGCAGAGCCUUCUUACGCCCGAGAUGGCGGCUUGGCAAACAAACUGCCUCUGGGCCUACAAUGAUGCAAUUUUCACCGAACAGGACUUCGAGGCCAUUUGCCGGCUGGGCGUGGGGGGGAAGCGCGGCAGCUCCGAGCGCAUCGGGCGGUUUGGGCUGGGCUUCAACUCGGUCUACAACUUGACGGAUCUGCCCUCCGUGCUCAGCCAGGACAUGGUGCUCUUCCUAGACCCCCACGUCACGCACUUGGCGCGGAAGGGGGCCUCCUCCCAGAAGCCAGGCAUCAAGCUGCGGUUCUUGAAAGCCAACGUGCUGGAGAGGUUCCGGGAUCAGUUCGAGCCCUACCAACUCCUAGGCUGCGAUAUGGAUGCGUCGUCGAGUCCGUUUCAGGGGACCUUGAUUCGCAUCCCCUUCCGGACCAAAGAGACGGCCAAGAAGAGCGAAAUCAGCAGCAUUGUGGUGAACGACGAGAUGAUGGAGGCCUUGUGCCAGCAGUUCCAACAAGAAGCAUUUCAAUGGCUGCUCUUCCUACAGAAUGUGCAGGAGAUUUCAAUGUCCGUCCUCAAGGACGGGUCUGCCUCCCCGCAAAACCUCUUCACCAUGUCGCUGGCGAGCGCGACUGCGAAGCUCAAGCGGCCCAGCCUGGUCACCGACAAAAGCGCCACACGGAGCACGCUGAUGGCCAAGGAGCUGGAGAUUCUUUGCAAGGGCGAGACCUCCAAGGUGAGAAGAUACUACCUCUUCACAGACACGCAACACGGCUUUCGCUCCCGGGUGUGCCUGGCCGUCCCGGAAAGGACGCGUGAGCAAGAUGGUGACGAAGAGGGCAGGGUCUUCUGUUUCCUGCCGCUCCCGCGGAACAUCGAUCUGGGUCUGCGGCUGCAUGUGCAUGCGCCUUUGAACAUGGCGCAAGAUAGAAGGAGCAUGUUGCUCGACAAUCGGAUUGGAGAAUCUGAGCAAGAGCUGGUUCGCCACAACUUCGCUCUGCUUGACGACUUGAUCCCGUCGGCGCUGUUGGCCUGCCUCAAGGACCUCGCGGUGAAGAGGAACCAGAUGCCGCCGGGGCAUUUCUUCGCGCUGUUUCCCAGCCUUUUGCACAAGGGCGGCGCUCUGGCGCCGGACCGCAUCGCCAAGAGCUUCUACGCGCGGCUCCUGGACGGCAGCUCCUUCCCGCUGCCCGUGGCGGCGCCCGCCGGCCGCCAGACGCGGGUCGAGGCGCCCCCGGAGAGGUGGGUGAAGAUCACAGAGGCCGUCUUCGUGCCGGCGGGGAAUGCGGCAGUCGAGCAAGUUCCCCAGGCCCUGCUGGACAGCGUGGUGGAAGCCUUGCUCCGCUGCGGCGUGCCGUGUGUGGACGCGCCGCCGGAGGUCAUUGACUCCUUCGGGCGCACGGAGCAGCGGAAGCCCACCAUCCUGACGCCCGCGUGGCUGAGGCAGCACCUGCGAGCGUUGGGCAAAGGGGCGCCGAGCCACGCGCUGGACGAGUCGAGCGGGACCUCCAUCUUCGCACAGCUGAAGCCCAAGGAUGUGGCAGACUUCCUGGAGUUUUGCUUGAGCGACGGGCUGGCUGCGGAUCUUCAGGAUGUGCCACUGCUGAUAUGUGAGGAUGAGACCAUGGUCCAUGCCUUCUCGCACAAGGAAAAGGCCGUCGCUGCCCUGGUUCCGCAGAGCCCGCUGGAGCGACGCCUCUUCCCCAACAAGGACGGGCGGAAGCUGAUCUUAGCAUCCCGGCUGGAAGCGCGGCCGCUGGUCUGGGCCAAGCUGAAACAGAUGGCGGCGAAGUGGGAAAAUCCGCAGGCGGCGAGCGUGCCGUCCUUCCAGUGCAAGUUCGUGAACUUCCAGCUGCUCACCGAGGCCCUGCAGCGCUUGCUGCCCAGGACCUGGAACGACCGGGUGCCCAAAGUGGCUGUGACGGAUUACAUCGAGUGGGUGGAAGACUGGCUGCAGGCCAUGUGGAAGUGGCUGGAUGACAAAGACAUCCCGCUGUCCAGGAUGGUGUACUGGCCUCUGAUCCCCAGCGUGGGUGAUGAACAAUCCGUGGGCCUGUUCCGCAUUCCAGAGGCCACCAAGCUGAUACUCUUCUCCGGCACUGCGGCUCCCUCUGCCCCAGCUCCCCCUGCUGCCACUGCCAGUGAAGCAGACACCGCUUCCGGGUAUCCCACGGAGGGAGUGCCGAGUCCGAGUGACUCCCAAGGGUCGCUGAUGCAAGAGCUGCUGCUCCGCUUGCACUGCCAGCCUGUGAUGGAGCCCCCCUGGCUACUUGCGCACCACGAGAAGCAGCUGCGCACCUGUGUGCAUGCGAACAGCCCCGAGGGGCUGCUGCGGAGCAUGCACUAUGCCGGCAGUCUCCUUGUUGGCCCGCAGGCGAAGCAUCCAUCAGACGCGCUCUUUGCCAACCUUUGCAAGAACCUCACUGCAAAACACGUCAAGGCGCUCCUGUCCAUGGCAGCCACCGUGCACAAGGAGGGGUGCCUGUGCAAUCUCACCGGCGCGAACUGGAAAUGUCACUGCGAGGUGUUAAGGGGUCUGCCCUUGUUGUGCAGAUUCAACCGGCCGAGUCUGUAUAUCUCUCUAUCCGAGAGCGCGAAGGGCGGAGAGCUGUGGGUCCUGCCAGAGACCUGCCCUCAAGUGGUGGCAGCCCUGCGCGCGGCGCAGAUGGAGCUCCGGACCUGCGCGGAGAUCUCGGAGGAGGUGCUAGCAGCACCGGUGACCGCGGACGGCUUCUCCGCCGCGGCGCUGCUGCGGGACCUCGCGCUCAGCCGGCCCAGGUGGUGCGACGUGCUGCUGCAGCACAUCUUCCCCUGGGCGCUGCAGAGUGGCAGCGAGGUCCGGCAAGCGGUGAUGCGGGCCGUCAUCUACCACUGGCGCGACAUGGAGCUGGCAGGCCACGGGCCGUGCCUGGAGGGCCUGCAGCGGAUUCCCUUCGUGGGCACCGCGGGGGGCCAAAUGGUCUGCGCGGACCAGGCGCUGGAGCCCACGGAGCAGCUGCGGAGCCUCUACCCCGAGAAGGGCCCCUUCCCGGACGCGGUGUGGCUCUCCGGCGAGUGCCGGGCCCUGCUCCGCUUCCGCGCCGCGCUGAGCUACGAGGAGCUCGCCGAGCGGCUCGGGUUUCUGCACCACCAAGAGGUGAAGCGCCGUGAGGGCGGCAAGGAGGCCCCCGAGGUGGCGCCGGCGGUGCUGCAAGUCGCCCAAGCGCUGGUGCGCUACGUCUGCGAAAAUGUGAGCCCGGCCAUGGAGGACGAGUCCAAGACCCCGAAGGCCCCAAAGUCUGAAGGCUUCUGGCCCUUCGACUUCAUGACCGACACCAAGGAGAAGAAGAGCGAGCAGAAGCUGUCGGGGGACCAGCUGAUGUCCAUCCAGUCCAAGCUGAAGCGCUGCUUCUGGCUGCCGCCCCUCAGCGCGCCCGGCGGCUGGCCGCCGGAGGCCCCCUGGCGGGGCGCCACCUCGGGACUCUGCUGCGCAGAGGAGGUGAGGCUGGCCUCGGAGGAGUUUCUGGUCGGCAUGGUGAGACCCUUGAUUGGCCUCACCUCCGCGCGAGGAGGUGCGGCGCGGCUGCCGCGGCGGUUUCUGGAGAGCUUGGGCCUCUCAGAGAAGCCGGAGAAUGGCCUGCUGAACGAGCAGCUCCAGCGGAUGGAGGAGUGGGCUACUAGCCUUCCAGAUGCGAAGAGGGAGGUACACGCUUCUUGGAUCACUCGGUGCUUGUACGACCACAUCUACCCGAUCUUGCUUCGUGAGGCGGUGAUCAAGGAGUAUGUCAGUGACAAGACCAAGCGACUUUGGGUGCCGCAGGGCGGGUUUUUGCCGAUUUCGCGGAUGGCGCGGCAGAGCAUCGAGUUCCCCCCAUACUUGGUGAAAGCUCCGGCGGAGUGGAAGGAGAAGGUGCCGGACCUCUGGGCCAAGAUCAACACCUGCUUCGGAGUCCAGGACUACAGCGAGGCCUUAGGCUGCAUUGCUGAAGCUGCGGGCGGCGAGCUGGACCUGCAGUCUCUGGACAUCGCGGUGCGCCUGGUCAUGGCCAUCACCGACAAGUUGCAGCAGGAGCGCGCGCAGAGCGCGCCGGCGGCGGCCGGGAGCAAGAUGGACAUCCUGAUGCCCACUGCAGAAAGCCAGCUGCGCCCUGCUCGGGAAUGUGUCUUCAACAACAUGACCUGGCUGCCAGAGGUGGAGACGGCCCACUUGAACCUUGGGAACUACUGCCUGGUUCACCCGAAGAUCUCUCAUACCGUGGCGCACACCUGUGGCUGCCGGGGCGUGUCUCUGGUGGUGGCCAAGGACGCCACGGAGAUGCACGGGGCCGACUGGUGCGAGGCGGCGGGGCAGAGUGAGCCAAUCACGACUCGGCUGAAGAACCUUCUCAAGGACUAUCCUGCGGACGUCAGCAUGUUCAAGGAGAUGGUGCAGAAUGCGGAUGAUGCCGGCGCAACCGAGGUGCACAUCGUGUGGGACUGGCGGCAGCACCGGAAGCAGUCUUUGCUCACUCCUGACAUGGACCGUUGGCAGGGGCCAGGGCUUUGGGUCUACAACGACGCCCAGUUCACGGCCAAAGACUUCGACAGCAUCUGCCGGCUGGGCGUGGGCGGCAAGCGCGAGCAGUCCCGGAAGAUCGGGCGCUUCGGUCUGGGCUUCAACUCUGUAUACAACUUCACCGACUUGCCGAGCAUCCUGAGCGGUGAUAUGGUGCUCUUCCUGGAUCCCCACGUCCAUCACCUGAGCGCCAUGGGCGCGUCUGUUCAGAAGCCCGGGAUCUUGCUGCGCUUCCUGAAAAUCAAGGCCGGGAACUGCGGCGGAGCGACACAGCACUUUGGCCCUCUCCGCCCUCAAGCAAAGAUUUAA